AUGCUAAGUGAAAUAAAACAAAAGAUUUCCAUUUUAUUAAUAAAAAUAGUUUUUUCUCCUAUAAUUAAUAAAGUGCGCAAAUUAAUGCAAAGCUCAUGCAUCCCAGAAUUCUUAAUGCAAAGGGAAAUUGAAGGCUACUCUCAUAUUCCAUCAUUUUCUAGGAUUGGGAAACGGUCCUGAACCAUGGCUGUAAAGAUUAAUUUAGGAUACAAUAUCAAAUCAUGACCAACACGAAUUCAAGCCAAAUUCAUCAAUAGUUCUUACCAUUAGCAAAGCUAAUCACCUGAUUAUCAUCGAUAAGUAUGGUCGAUGCAAUUAUCGCUCAAUUUUUCCAUUUACUAAUCCGUUACAAAUAACUAAAUCUUGAGAAUUAUGCGUUAAAGCGCUUUUUUGGGAGAAUGACCUUAUCAUUCUUUUAAAGCAAAAAAACUCAGAAAUAAUAAAAUUCUACAAGAUUAGAUUAAGCUGCUUGGAAGAAAAUGCAAUAUUUCGAAAGGAAAUAUUAUUUGACAAGAAACUGUUAUUUAGCCAAAUAGAUAAAAUAGAUUAUAAAAGAGGAGUCUUUACCUAUAGAGGGAAUUUACUCUUAUAGAUUACAAUAGAGUCGUUUCUGCCAAUAUCGAGUAAGAUCUGAUAUAUUUAUCUUGUAUGACUUGCCAAAUAAGCUUUGGCAAAUCUCCCAAAAAAAAGCAUAGGCUGUGAGCUCUACUUAAGAGGCUAACAGCUUAAAGAUGCCAAAUUUGGCCUCAUAUAAAUAGAAUCGACUUAUGAGGACUAGUUGCAUUAUGUAGCUAUAAUACUAUUGCAGAAUUUCAAGUAUGAGAUAUAGUUGGAGGAGCUAUAAUGGUAACUUUUGCAAAAUCUCAAGAAUGGCAGCUGAAAUAUUCAAAUUGCUACAUUUUAAGGUACAAAAAUAUUAUUGAAGGGGUUCUAAUGGAAUUGCAUAAGAUUGAUAAAAAUUUCAAAAGAAAAUUGCAGAUUAUGGGCUUGAAGACACCAUUUGAUGUUGAAGUAAUAAAUGAGUCAAUUAUUUGCUUUGUAGGUGCCCUAAUUUUUGCAGUGAAUUUUAUAACCUCAGAUAUGAAAAUUAUCAAUGAAGGAGCAAUAAAUAAAUGCUAUGAACUAGAAGGCGACAAUAUGAUAGUCAAUUUUUGAAAUGGAAAGAUCCUACUUUUGCCAAAUUUUGAAAAACUAAUUGAACUUAAUGUCUUUCAUUUAUUGGUCUGCGAUAAUGAGCAUCUUGCAGUUGUUUUUGAUAAAACAGCAAGCAUUGUUUAUAUAAUAAAUAAAAGUGACUGUAUGUUGAUAAACACAGUCAGCAUUCCAAGAGAAUUAAAUUUAAGCACUAUUGGAAUAAAUGAAGAUACGUACCAAAUAUUUUUGGGCACGAAGAGAGGUCAGAUAUGCAUUUUGAAUUAG